AUGUACCGUCUCAAACCCUCAAUAAACAGUAGAGCAUACCUUGCUAUCAACGAUCAAGGUCGCGGUGGUGUGGAAAACUGCAACAAGAGUGGGCAUCGGUGCUUCUCUUCUGCAUUGGGAGCCCAUGCGGGUGCCAAUAAAGGUAUUGGGAAUGGGAUUGUUGAGUUACUGGCUAGAAGUUUGAAUCCAAUUUCCAACUGGCACGUCUAUCUAACAUCGCGAAAUGAGGCGAGUGGUAUAGAAGCUGUAAAGGUGCUUGAGGACAAGGGUCUUAAGACCAAGUUUCACCAACUGGACAUCACAGAUGCAGACAGUCGACACAAGCUAGCAAACUUUGUCAAAGACAACUAUCCGGAAGGGAUAGAUAUUUUAGUGAACAAUGCUGGAAUCGCAUACAAAGUGAGCCCUUACGCUCUUUUUCUCACUAGUAUGCAGGUUGGCUCAAAAGCUCCAUUUGGCGAGCAGGCCAGGGUUACUGUUGCUACGAAUUAUACGGCUACUGUAAAAAUGUGUACCGAGUUUUUGCCACUGAUGGCGAAGGAUUCAAGACUUGUUAAUCUCGCAAGUACGGUUGACUUCCUCUCGCUUCGUGGAGUGUCAAAUGAGAUGGCGGCUAAGUUCAGGGCUCAGCUGUCUCUUGGGGAACUGAAUGAACUCAUGGCGUCUUUCGUUAAGCACGUUAACAUCAACUCCAGGUCUAUAAUCAAUUCCAUUACUUUAAGGCAUGCGGAAGCAGGAGACCAUAAAAAGGUAGGAUUUUCAAAUUCCCCAUACGGCAUGUCAAAACUUGGUCUCUGGAAAGCUACUGUUAUUCUCUCCGAGGAGUUCAAAUGUGAUCCACGUCACAUUCUAAUCAACUCGUGCUCUCCAGGGUAUGUAAGCACGGAUAUGACAAACCACAAGGGUCUCAAAACCAUCUUGGAAGGCGCUGACACGCCGGUCUAUCUCGCCACCCUGCCAAAGGGCGCGACUGAACCCUACGGUCGGUUCGUCAGCGAACGCCAAGUUAUCGAUGUUGUUUGA